AUGGCCACGGGUUCCUCCACCUGGUGCUCGAGCUUGGACACCAAUACGGAGGGCUUCCUGCGGCGCGCUGUGUGGGCAGGGUGCCUGGUGGGCAGAGGGUCACGCCUGUGCGGAUGCCUGGGUGCUCUCACCUUCCCCGGCUCCGCCCUCGCCUUUGGGAGCCACCUCAAACCAAACCCCGCCGCUGUGUGGGUCCAGGGCGUCAGCGCUGAUGACAGCAGGGGCGGCGCCCAAGGUCGCUCUUUACUUACCAGUCCUGGGACUACUGCCUCAGUCCUGAAGUCCCUCCUCACGGGAUUGUUCUGGAAGGAUGACAUCACUCAAGGUGUGAGGACCCAGCAGACAGAGCACACACCCUGGCUCCAUGCCCCAGAGGCCUGUCUGAGGAGCGGACAGGCAGCCUUUCCCACCAGAGUCACCAGGAGCCCCAUGACCAGGGUGAGCAGGGAGCAAUGCUUUAACUCUGAAGCGGUUUCAGAGGUCCUGAACCAAGAGGUGACCAGCCACACCAAGGCCCUGCUGCAGACAGACCCAGGCCAGUCCUGGCACUGCUGCUUGCCAGUCAUGACCUUACUGAAGCUCUACAAGCCCUCCUUCCACAUCGGUGGAAUGGUCAUAAUGGCCAUCCUCCCUGGCUGCUGGUUAAACAGAUUCCGAGUCGCGGGCUGGUGGGAAGCUGCAGCCCCGCUCAGCCCCUCGGCCGUGGCCGCUGCCUUCACUGAGACUUGGCCGGGGAGUGAGCGCGCCGAGCCUGGGAGGAUACAGCACCCACUGUGGCCUGGGAGCUCCGAGGGGCUCCAGCUGCUUGUCUGCUUCCUGCUGCUGAACAGCUGCCCGGGGGGCUGCAGCGACAUUAGUGCCCACGAUGGUCAGGACCAAGUAGGAGUGGGGCAGCUUUGGCCCCUCCAAGGAUUUGCCACCCCAGUCUUCCAGCAUUUACAGGUUGUGCUCCAGCAGAUUAUACCCCAAGGUCUGUUCUGGAAGGAUGACAUCACCCAGGAUGCAAUGAUCCAAAAGAUGGAGCAUGCCAGCAGACUGCAUCCCCAAGAUCCAUGCCUGAAGGAUGGGAAGGCACUUUUCCCCACUAAAACCACUGAGAGCCCCCUGGCCAAGGUGAACAGGGAUCAGUGCUUUACCUCCAAAGUGGUUUCUAAGGCCCUGAAACAAGAGGUGGCCAACCCUGUCAAGAUUACCUAUAGGUGUUCAUAUGGGGGGCUGGACAUGAUGCAGGCGCUGGGAGCCUCUAAGGAAGAAAUUAUCUAUAAGAUCAUGCGGCUUCUCUGGGCCAUUUCCUACUGUGGGCUGCAACCCUGUGGCUGAUUGAGACCUCGGGUGAAGCCUCCCUGCCCCAGCACCCUUCCCAUUGCCCUUCAGAGGGGCAUUCUUGGAUGACCCAGAUUUGAAUCAUUAAAGUAGACU